AUGAAUCACAAAAACUGGCUUACUCGAUCAUUGGAUGAUAUGCCUAGAAAAGAGGAAGACAAAAAGGAACUAAUAAGGUUUUGGAAUGAGUUUUACACUUAUUUAUUGCAAAAUACUAACAAGAGUGGACAACAUGGUAAGAGUCACUCAGUUCAGUAUAAGGAAACCGCCUUCGAUAUUUUGGAAGAAGCAAAAACAAGAUUACCAUUAAGUGUAGAUGAAUUAAGUGAGAUCCAAAAGCAAAUUGAGGAGAUUACUAUAUGGUUCGAUGAGAAAUCUAUUUUUAGGUCAGCUUCCGACAUAAUCAAAAUCUUAAUCAGGGAAAAUGAGGAAAGUGCUAAGGAUUUUCUCAGGAGAAGGCCAUUCGAAAAGGAUGAUCUUGAAUUGCUUUCAGAGUUCGGUCAAUAUACGAUUGAGGCAUUAAUAGUUCAUGUACUAAGUAUGUUUUUUUACUCAGUUGAAUCUAACUCACUAAUUCGUGUUGCUUCUUUGGUUGAACAACUAGAGUCUAGUGUCCGUCACCAAGCUUCAUUAUUGAAAAGCGGCAGGUGUAAUAAACCGUUUUCUAGUGCCACGAAUGAUUUCAAAGUGAAGAAGUCUGGUAAGGAUAGGAAAAGAUCCAAAUUGGUGAUGAUGUAUCCCUUCGGUUCCGGCUUAGUUCAAUUCAUGGAGGAAAGGAAAUUGAUCAGUUUAGUGACUGAUUUGAGCGGUACUGUUCGAGUGAAGAAGAAGAAAGGAUCUUAUUUUCUUCCAAGCCAUCUCUACGCAGUCUGCAACUUUGAUAUUUCAUUACUACCGAUCAAGCUCAACCUGCCUAUGGUAUGCAAACCUCGAGAUUGGACGAGUGCCUGCCGGGGUGAUCAAAAUCCUAGAUACCUGUCCGAUCUAUCAGGGGGUUACUUAAGUGGGCCAACAGGUGGCCUAUAUGAUCGUUACCGCCUCUUAAGUUCAGGUGACAUUAAUCAUUUUUAUAUUGAUAUUGGAAGAGAAAAGAAUUACGAGAAACUGUGUCUUGUAAUGAACAAGCUGCAGGGUCAGGCCUUUCAAAUCAACAGUCAUUGGUUGAAAUGUCUUAAAUAUAAUGAGGACUCAUUUGUUGAAUCUGGUUUACUCAUGCCAAGAUUUCUAUCCUCUAUGAAUAUCAAAGAUGUAUCCAACUUACUUAGAGAGUUUCACAUGAAGGAUGAGGUUAUUAAUAAAUUAUGUAACUUUAGCGAAUUGUUACAUACUUUAUCUAAGAACAUACAGCGUUCUCGUUAUGAGAAUUUGAUUAUGAAGCUGGCACAAGCCUACGAAGGUUAUCAUUUUUAUUUGCCAGCCUUUCUCGACUUCCGAGGUCGAAUCUACCGCAGUGGUGUCUUGCAUUUCCACGAGCGUGAUCUAGCAAGAAGCAUGAUCGUCUUUGCGGAUAUCAAAUCUAGUGGCAAUAUUGACAUGAAUGCAUAUCUCGCCGCAGCAGCCUUCCAUUACAAGUCUUUCGUCUCUGUCGACGAGGCAUUAUACUUUUCUAAUAACAACUUCUUGCAGCUCAGUCAUGAUGAUGAUCUUCUCAUGUACGCUCGGGAGGCUAAACGCCCCUUUCAGCUCUUCGCCCAUCUAAUUGGAGUUACCUCUCCAAAUUUGAAGGUUAUUACGCGCAUCCCUUUAACCCAAGACGCCUCAGCGAGUGCAUAUCAGAUUAUGAGUUACUUUUUGUUGGAUGAAAGCCUGGCUUCGAGAACGAAUCUCAUCCCAUCUUUGGAUGGAAAAAUCCAAGAUGUUUAUUCAUUCAUCCUCGAAGAUCUCAAGGUGUUCAUGAAAGCAGAACUGGAUAAUAAUCAUCUAUCAACGAUAGUUUGCAAUGUGCUCACUCGUAAGCUAGUCAAAGGUAUCUUUAUGCCUAUGAUCUAUGGCAAAACUUUAAUGAGCACGGCCAGCGAUCUAAAAGACACUCUCUCUCGCUUCAUCACUCAUAAGGAAUGCUUCGAUGUUGCCUCUGUCUGCUUUAAGUUCUGGAGGACGCAAUAUCAGAACACGGAAUGCCUGAUCCGGUUGAUCCGCCAUAUAGGCUGGAUCGCGUCUGCUAGGGAUAGCCCAGUUUUCUAUAGAGUCCCUUCCUUUACCACGGUACAGGAUUAUAUGAAAAUGGAUCCCAUAAAUGUAUGGUUUUAUGAUGGACUUCAUAAGAAGAGGCGUCGGGUGACUCUCAGAGUUUCUUCUUCUAAGAGAGAUCGUAGGAAGACUGAAAUCUCUACCUUCGUAAACUUCAUCCAUCAGAGGGAUGCCCAUAUUGCAAUGAAAGUAGUAGAAUGUAUGCUUGAAAAGGGUGCGCCUAUAUACACAGUACACGACAACUUUAUAACUACAGCUGAAUAUAGCUAUUUUCUACCAAUAAUUUAUAUCAAGGUCAUUUGUGAGAUGGGCCCUCCACUUUCAAUCCUCAACGAGUUCAUCUAUAUGAAUAUUAUGAAACCUAUUGUCAAAGUGGAGUCAGCUGGACCUCAUGAGGGUUACUUUGCCGAUAAGGUAAUCUCAAAAGAGAUUCUUCAUUAUUACUUAAAGGCUAAUGUACCUGAGAACAUAAGCAAGAAGAUGAUGGCAACUUGGGAAGAAAGGAUCUCGGGAAUACUGACCUCUUACGAGAACUAUACUCGUUAUGUAUGCGGUGAUUUUCAAUCCCCUAACCCUAGGGAUUGUUUUCGAGCUCAUGAGGAAAAGUGGGAUAAAUUCAAGUCAAAGCUAAUAAGCGGGGAGGGAAAUUACUACUGCGUACACUAUUAA